CCGAUCAGAAACAAUUUCUUGAUUGAGUGUGAAUGUCAAAUUCAUCCGCACAUAACAUUAUUAUCUCAGCACGCGUCCUCACUCCUCUCUAGUAAAUAAAGUAAAUACAGUAAAACCUUUUGUUGGUCCUCAUGGGCAACGGUCAGCACAUUAUCCAUUUACAAUAAAAAAAACCCGGGUAUGUAGAUGUAACAACACAUAUAAACAUAAAUAAAGUUAGUGGGUGGUGGGAGCGACAGAUUCGAGUCCAGCGUACCCGGUAUAGAUAUACACACGUUGACAGUGAGUUAGGUUAUAUUCAUACUCAGUGGACGUCGUCGUCGUCGUCGUCGUCGUCGUGGUAGUCGUCUGGUCUCUUUCCUUCUCAGAUUCCAUCCUGGUGUACUAAUAAAUCCAUACCCUCAUCUCACUUGCCCACACGUUUUCUGCGGCGCGCGAUUCGAGGCGGCUGGCGGCGUGAUGGUCGAGCGGCCAUUUUGAUAAUCUCUCCCACCGCUUGGUCGCGCGCCACUUUCCCCUCUCGUCACUCUUCACACAGACACAGCCCUCUACUCCUUCAAAUUUAAAGUGUAUUUGUGUUUUUGUAUGUAUAUGUGUGAGUUGCUCUCCUAUUCGGUCUCCUCCCGUCAGCGUUACGUUCACCGUCGCUAUUUCGCGCACGUGUGUGUCUUCUCAACUCAAACGUUGGUCUUAUAUUGUCGAGCGAGAGAGAGAAGCUAGUAUAGACGGAGUGAAUCUCAAGUAAAGCAGUGUAAGUGUGUGUGAUACCAGUAUGAAGGUUAGUUUUCCCCUGAACUCACACACUGACAGGAUAAUGUAGGAUCUCUUUUCUUCUCUUAUCUUUUUUCUCUUUCCUCUUUUCUCUUUUCAUCCUUUUGGCCGUAUCGUAUCGUAUCCUAUCCGUCGCGGUAGCGAGUACAGUACCUUUGUCGCGCUCUCUACUCACUGCUCCGACCUUUUUCCUCCUCAUGAUCCGCCGUCAUACCAACACACACCGUGUAUCUUCUCUCUCUUUCUCUGAGGAGAACUGAGACUCACUACACACCGACACCGACCUACCGAUAUCAGUUUGUGCUUACUAUACCAGUGUGUUAUGUUGUAUUAUAUUGGUUAUACACACUCUCAUUGUCUGAGUAAGUGUACGUGCGUGGUUCAGUCGCGACCGGAAAGUGCCAGUUUCUCCUGAGCUCUAAUCGCCUCGUUGCGCUUCCAACGCUGGAUACCAGUCUUACCGAGGAUCGUGACAGUUUUCUAUUAUUUAACCGUAAAAAAAAAACCUGAAAAUAAAUUAUUUUAUUAAUUAUUAAUAAUGACAAUGAAUUUAAGUGGCCAGUUGAUGUUUGUGGAACGUCAGUUUGUUUUGACACUUUUUAAAUUGUCAAUGACAAUAAUGGAAUAAUGUCAAUCGUGGACCGGGACCGGCUUCGAGAGCGUGAGCGACAGGCACGCGCGGCGAUGUCGGUCCAGGCGGAACAGGCAGCGGCAGUCGGAGGUCCAGAGACCCGGCACCCUCACAAUCAGGGCCAUCAUUCCGCUAAUUCCCACGUGACUUCAUCAGCCGCACUCUUCCGAGCCCCUGUCAAGGUGAGUCCAGACGCGCAAGACCGAACAACACAGCAGAUUCAAUCCAAGCUCGGCAACUACUCUCUGGUGAAGCAUCUGCUGGACGAGCCAAAGAGACUGAUAGGAAUUGAAGGGGUACCAGCUAGUCCAGCGCCAGCGUUGAGCGCAUCCACACGGCUGUCUUCGAAUAACAAUUGCAGGAGUUCGCCGUCUUCCCAAGAAUUCAAAAAACCCGGUGGUAAUGGUCCACGAACAUCGUCAUCAGCAUCAGCAUCAUCAUCAUCAUCAUCAUCAUCAUCAUCAUCAUCGUCGUCGUCGUCGUCGUCGUCUGGAACAACAACAACGACGGCAACGUCCUCUAACUCGGCAGUUUUGAGCCAUACCUCCCAGCGCGGUGGUUUUAUAAAACCCGCGGAUGGGAAACCACCUUACGGCGGUCGGGGUGGCUACCCAGGACAACCGGUUAAACACGGUGGUAGUAGCAACGAUCACAGGAGCCACGGUAUCCUUCCCGCAAAGGGUCCACCUUCGUCAAUCGCAAAUGCCAAUUCGAGCGGAAACAGCGGUGGUCUAACCUCUUCCGGAAGUAAUUGUCCUCCUGCCCCCGGUAAUUCCGGUAAUUUGGGCAGAAUUCACACAGCUGCUUCCAGACUCCCAAGGUUACCUCUUGACAACGGAGUAAGACAUGGAUCCGAUCCAGCGGAUUUGGAAAACAUCCUCAAGGAAAUGACGAUGCCGCCCAUACCACUUUCAGCAAUUGCACAGACACCAAGAAAAGAACCGGAAUCCAAGUUCGAAUUCAACCCUGUACUGGCCAAGUUACAGUUAACGGAGAAACCAUCUGAACCUGUCAAGCCACCACGUAAGUUAUAAAUAUUUAAUUUUAUUUUUUUUUUUUUUCCUCUUUUUUUUUCCCCAUUUAAAGUCUUUCAAUUGACAGUGAAUGUGUAACUAUUAAGAGU